CGCCUGCGUUUCCGACACAACAAUACAAACACCGAGUCGGUCCGCGUCCACGCUCCCACUCGCUCGCUCCCCCUCCCCAGCGCCUCGCUCUCGGUAUGGCGGACGGCGAGCGGUCCCCGUUACUAUCCGACCUGGGAGAUGGAGCUCUCGGCAGCGGUAACGGCGGAGUGUCUCCCGGCGCGGCGCCCUACGGUGUGCCCAACAAACCCCUGAGCUUCCCCCCAUUCCCCAGCCCAACUCAGCCCUCGUUGCUCCUCGGGGAGGAUCCUCCACCCUACUCCCCGCUCACCUCCCCGGAGAGCGGCAGUGCCCCUGUUAUCAACUGCAGGGUGUGUCAGAGCCUGAUCUCCGUGGAGGGCAAGAUCCACCAACACGUGGUGAAGUGUGGGGUCUGCAAUGAAGCCACGCCCAUUAAGAACGCCCCAGCAGGGAAGAAGUACGUUCGCUGCCCUUGCAACUGUCUGCUCAUCUGCAAAGUCACUUCCCAGAGGAUCGCCUGUCCCCGACCAUACUGUAAGAGGAUAAUAAAUCUGGGUCCAGUUCAUCCUGGUCCUGCCAGUCCUGAUCCCCAGCCAGCCGGGGCCCGCGUCUCCUGUGGACACUGCAGCAACACCUUCCUGUGGACAGAGUUCACAGACCGGACGCUGGCCAGAUGCCCACACUGCAGGAAAGUCUCCUCCAUUGGUCAGAGGUACCCCCGGAGGCGGAGCUUGUGGUGUUUUCUACUCUGCUUGCUUUUUAGCAUUUCCAGCGCCGGGCUGAUGGCCGGGACGUGGGUGAAGGCUCAGACCUUCCAGGGGAUCUACGCCUCGUGGGCCGUGCUGCUGCUCCUGGUUCUCAUCACCUUAGUCCGGGCCUUUUACUGGGCCUGCAUGAGGGUCAGUCAGCCCCUCCAGAACUUCACAUAGAGCCCCCCCCCCCCCCCCCCUCCUCUCCGACUCUGUGGCCCCCUCGUCUCAACCCGCCAGGCAGGAGGAUAAAAGAUGGCUUUAAAAAAAAAAAAAAAAAUCUGCAAAAACAGAAUAUUUAUUUAAAUCCAACUCCGGAAAAGAAAAUGAUCUUGUCCUCCUGUUCCUUCCCUUUUAGUCAGAUGUGUUUCUAAAGCUGGAUGUCCAUCGGUCAUCAUGAUGACGCGUAUAGCCUAAUGUUCUGUCGAUCUAUUCUAAUCUCGUGGCCAGUGUGGGGUUCAUUUUAGCAUUUUUAACACUUUUCCUCCCUCUUCCCCGGCGCUGUUGAUUCCUUUGGCUUCAGUCUGUGGCACAUCGGUUGCUCUCCCGACCUCUAAGACCAGGGCUUCACGUUCAAGUCUUACACGUGAACAACCCGCUCGUUUUGUUUUUUUGGAGGAGGCGACAGUCGAUUUUUUUUUUUCAGUCCUGAUUUGACAUUUGGUUUAAUAUUCAAGCAUUUAGCAAUUUUUUAAACAAAGAAAAAACAUAUUCUGAAACGUGGCGGAGUCAGAUGAAGCUGUGGGGAAAAGGAAGUACAUCCACGCCAGCAGCAGACGGCUGGAGUAAUUGACGGGACAUCAGCCUCCUAUUGUGAAUCAAAAGAUCAAGUAGGUGUUGAAAUGUGUCUGAAAUUAUUGAAUUCAGCCGUAUGUGAAGGUAGCGUCUGAUGUGUCUGAACUCAGUGUUUAUGCUGAAUUAUCCCCUGGGACUGACUUUGAUCCAAAGCAGCUUGAAAGCCUUAAAUGGAGGUGUGAUAGGAAGAUUCAACACGCUCACAUGCACACACACGCAGCUACGUGAACACAUAUGGUACACAUCAAAAAGAGGACGGUGUUUUAGAGUUGCAGCAGCUCCGAAACCAGUUUUAGUGGAGCCGCCCCAGUCUCCGUCUUCAAAGACAAACCAGUGAACAGAUUUCCUCCGUGUUGCUGCGUCCCCUAUUUCAGUAAAAGGAAAAAAAAGUGACACGCACGCCACUUUGCAUCCACAUCCUGUUCGAGUGCAACAAAAUCUACAGCAGCUUUUCCUUUGAUCCAAAAUUCACCCAACAAGUAAACUUAAAAAAAAAAAAUACCUUUUCUGAUUUUAUUUUAAAUUUUUAUAUUUUCACAACCUGAAUUGACACGAGAGACACGUUUUUCAUUCUGUUCUGCUUUUCGGAAAAAAGAGAAAAACAUGAAACGAAUCACAAAGAGCUAUAGGAUAUCUGCCCCCCCCC